AUGGCUUCGCAACCUGAUGCCCACGACUUCCUAGGAGGUAAUGGCAGUAAGUCUGAAGAGGUAAACAUAACUCAAGGGGAUAAAAUUCAUGGGAGUCCAAAUAAUAAUGAAGUUUCUAGCAGAUCAGGCCGUUAUAGUAACAGAGACUACGGCGAUGAUGACAGGGAUGAUUUCAGAGACAAGUCUAAGAAAGAACGUGAUUCACAAGAUGAUUACGGUAAAGAUGAUUUCAAAAGCUCAAAGAGAGAUUUGAGAGCAAGAAGAGGUAGGUCUUAUUCUCGUACGAGAUCACGUUCGGUGUCUAGGUCGGAGUCAGACUCAAGGUCAAGAUCGAGGUCCAGAUCUAGAUCAUAUUCGCGCUCUCCUUCUAGGUCACGGUCUAGAUCAAGAAAAUAUUCUCGAAACUCAAGGAAGAGACGUCGUCGACAACGAUCGGUGUCAAAAUCACCAUAUAGUUCUAGAUCCCGGUCACGAUCAAGAUCCAGAUCACGAUCAAGGUCAAGGUCAAGGUCCUAUUCUCGGUCCCCUUCUCGUUCUCGUUCUCGUUCCAGGGAUUUAGGAAGUAAUAAUAGAGACUACCGACGUUCACGUGAGGGAAGGUUCAAUAGCGGUAGAAAUCGUGAUAACUUUAGGAGGGGUGGUAAAUACAGAGAUUGGCAUGACAGAGAUCGUAGAAAAGGACGUUACGACAGUGGCGAAUAUUCUGGAAGAGGCAGAUAUGAGCGUCAACCAACCUCAUUUGCUGACAGGGAUAGACGAACAGUAUUUGUUCAACAACUAGCAGUCCGUCUUAAGACCUACCAACUGAUCGACUUUUUUGAAGAUAAUGAUGUUGGAAGGGUUGUUGAAGCUUCCAUUGUCAAAGACAAAGUAACCGGUAGACCCAAGGGAAUUGCCUAUGUAGAGUUCAGAGAACAAGAGUCUGUUCAAAAGGCUAUUGCUUUGACCGGACAAAAGUUACUUGGAAUUCCCAUAAUUGUCCAACUAACGGAAUCCGAGAAAAACAGACUACUUGCAAAAUCAAGAUCUGAGGCAACUCCUCUGACUGAGGACGAGAAGAGGGAAAGAAGAAAGAUCUCCAUCUCUAACAUAAAAUAUUCUGUUGGCGAAGAGCAAUUAAGAGCACUCUUCUCUCCGUUGGGAGAAAUUGAAUCUAUUGCCAUUCAAAGAGAUGAAGCAGGCAGCUCCAAGGGAUAUGCAUAUCUCUGGUUCCGUGACGAUGUUAAUGUGCAAAAGGCAGUUAAGGAAAGAAACGAAUAUAACCUUUUAGGGAGACCAAUGCGAGUUACCGGGCCAGAAAUUCCAUUGCAUACUAACGUCGAGUCUUCCACAAGUGAGGAUUUUGUGGAGCCUAGAUACAGAGCCAAGAAAUCUCUAGAUGAUGCAGAAGUAGGCGGGGUUACUAUGACCAACAACUCUCGUGUGAGCCUUAUGAAGAAACUAAUGAGAGAAGAAGACACAGAGGUAGAUACCAGUCCAGUGAAGGAACCUGAACCGGUGAAAAUCUUGGCCGCUUCCAGAUGUAUUUUGCUGAAAAACAUGUUUGAUCCCAAAGAGUAA